UUAAUCCCUAGUAAAUAUUAUUUUCGACGCUUUUCGAAGUGUUCCUUUAUUCGUUUUGUUUAUUUAUUUAAUUAUUCAAAAGUAUUCGAGCUAUCUUUACGGAAUCCAGAGGUUAAAUAGACAUGCCUCUAACUGCGGAAAAUGCGGCACAGCAAAUACAAGAACGGCUCAAGGAUAUCCAACGGUUAAUCCACCAAAUUGACGAUGAACGACGCCGGUCGGAAACCAAUAUAAAUGGCUUGACUCGGGCACAACAGAGCAAUAUCCCAAUGCAAAAGAUGAAAGGUCUAUACAAGGCCUGUUUACAAGAUGCGGCUGUCGAAGAGGAUACCAUACGAAAAGCCCUAGAAAAGAUACAUGAAAUUCGUAGCAUACGCAACGAACGACGUAUUCAGGCACGUAAUGCCGGCAACAAAGAGGCCAUACGAAGAGGUGCCCUUAUGAAAAUGGUGCAAAUAUCGGCACAGACACUACCACUAUUUGUAAGCAAACCGGGUGAAAAAGUGCCCCCAUUGUGUGGUGCUAUUCCAGCUGAAAGUAAUUACAUAGCCAAAGUGGGCGACAAUGUUGCGGCUUUGGUCAAAGGAGUGGAGGAGGAGGAAAAUUGGAUAUUAGCGGAAGUGGUUAGUUUUUUGCAUCGUCAGAAUAAAUACGAUGUCAUUGAUAUUGAUGAAGAACAAAAGGAUCGACAUGUGUUGAGUAAACGUAAAGUUAUACCAUUGCCCCUGAUGAGGGCCAAUCCUGAAACAGAUGGUCAUGCUCUAUUUCCCAAGGAUACAGUGGUCAUGGCUUUAUAUCCCCAAACGACAUGUUUCUAUAAGGCCAUCAUUCACAGAUUGCCCCAAACUGCCACAGAAGAUUAUGAGGUGUUGUUCGAGGACUCUUCCUAUUCCAAUGGUUAUGCCGAACCUUUGCCAGUGGCCCAACGUUAUGUCAUUGUAUACAAGUCCACCAAAAAAAGCGGCAGCAGUGGUGGCGGUAGCGGUAGUGUUUCAUCCUCAGCAUAAAAUCUCACAACUCAUUAGUUUUAUAUAAAUUUAAUUUUAAUGAAAAAAUAAAUCUUAUGGCUAUAUUUUCAACUAAACUAAA